GGGGGCCCCAAGCAAAACACACGCAACUAUAAGGAUCUGCAUUUGGUUGGUGCUUCAGUGCGCCGAGCAAGAUUUCUUCAGCCUACUUGCUGUGGUCUGUUCUUCAUGGUCACCAGUGAACAUUGCCACUUCGAAGCGAAGUGUUGCCUACCCAUCAGGAAACACUGCGUUAGCAUAUGUGGCAGAAGCCAACUGCAUGUGCGCGCGUUCCGUCCUUAUUGCUCUCCUCAUCGCUGCGCGUGGUGGGACGUUUUUCGUGGAGCAACCCGGUGGAUCAUACAUGGAGUACUAUGACAAAAUGCAAUGGCUUUUUGACAGGUUGCCAGUCUACAAAGUGCGCUGGUGGAUGGGGCACUACGGACAUGUUUCCCCAAAGCGUCACAAGGCAUUCACCAACAACAAAUGGGCGGCCAAGUUCAAUCUAGGAAAGAUGAAGCUCAAGAGGUUCCGUGCAUCCCAGGACCCUCAGGACAAGCCAACUGUUCGAUAUGUGGACAAGCGUGGCCGCAGUCGUUUCCAUGGAAAUGCCUCGUUGAAGCUUUCCCAGGUCUACCCUGUGCGAUUCGGCUGGAAGACGGUGGAGCUGAUGCCGAAGCUCAAAUCCAGAGGCCAAGGGAGGCCAGUUCUUCCUGAGACACUGCCGAGUGGCCCCGAGAUCUUCAAUGCCAUGUCUUGGCAUACUGAGAAAGAUUGGAGUGACGCCCGCCUAAAGCCAGUGCUAGUCUACUUGAAGGGCAACAGAUCCCUCAACCUCCCAGAUAGCUGGAAGGCGGUUUUCCCACGGCACGUUUGAUUCCCC